AUGUCAGACUACACCGCCCACGUGAACGCCAACACCGGCGCCACUGCCAGCACUCCAGCCGAAGCUUGGCGUUCCAUACCUAAUCACGAAGGCAUCCCACCCUCUGCUGCCAGAGACGCCCGUGUUGCAGAGCUCAUUGCCCGAGCAGUACAGGCGCAAAUCUCUCAAGACCUCAAUGCCCGUGGUGACUCGGCCAGUGGUAGUCGCGCCCGUGGUAGUCGCGCCCGUGGCCAAGGCCGUGGUAAUGGGCGGGGUGGACGUCCUGGUCGUACUCGCCGUCGUGGCGGCAGUGGUUAUUAUCCGGCUCGUGAAGCCGAGCGUACUUACCGUCGGGGUGGCAGUGGUUAUUACCCGGCUCGUGAAGCCGAGCGUAUUGCCCGUGAUCGUCGAGGUGGCCACGAUGCUAUCAAUGGCCGCGGUGCUGUCAAUGGUGUUCCCAGCCACCAAGCCCCCCAGUGCGCCCGCCGCCAAUCAUGGACCGCAGUGGUGGGCACAACCUCAGACUGGUCCGGACGAAAUGUCUGGUAA